AUAAUAUCCGUUUAUGUUUUUAAAGUGAUGUAAUGUACACAAUAUGGCGCUGCCCUGUGUUUCUAGACUUUCUCUGUGUUCUCGGACGUUUCGAUUGCGAGGGAUUUCAAAGAUUUUCCACAGUUAUGCACCCCACAGUACCCCUCCCAUCCCUGUUUCAAGAUGUUUUCGAUGGCAGAAUGGUGCUACUCAGUUGCGCAAGUCUUUCACACCUAAUAAUGUCUUUUCAAGAAAGUUUAGAACAAAGCAACGAAUUCAAGAGACUGAAACAGUUCGAUCACCUGGGAGAAAUCCUGACUCACCAUCCCUUUUCAAGCCUUUUGUGUUCUCAGUUGGGGUCUGUGGAUGCAGUUUUCUCGGUGCUAUGAUCUGGAACUAUGAGAAGAUGCGCAAGACGUUUCAAAAUCUGCAAAAGGGUGAACAGAGAGACGGCCAACAGGGCAGAAAAGCUAAUAUGAAGACGUUUGGGUUCCGACAACAUAUGAACGGUUUUUGGACGAGUUUGUCCAACAGUCAGAAGCUGGUCCUGGGCAUUGUGGCUGCCAACUUUACAGUGUGGGGCCUGUGGAGGGUGGCACGGCUACAGCCAAUGAUGAUGCGGUACUUCUCAUCCUCAAUAAAUCACCCUCUCCCAUCAAUGGUGCUGGCUACCUUUAGUCACAUCAGCUUCCUGCACUUGUUCGUCAACAUGUAUGUCCUCUGGUCCUUUGCCUCUGUCGCUGCCAAUUUGUAUGGCUGUGAGCAGUUCUCUGCUGUCUACCUCAGUGGGGGUACACUGGCCUCCCUAGGCAGUAUAACCAUGCACAAGCUGCUGCGGAGGCCACCAUCUGUCUCUGUGGGAGCCUCGGGGGCUAUCAUGGCGCUGUUGGGCAUCGUUUGUGUGACUUACCCCAACGCUCAACUGAGCAUUGCUUUUGUCAACGAGCUCUUCCCACAUUCUUUUUCGGCUGACUCGGGCAUGAAGGCUAUCAUCGCCUUCGACCUCCUGGGACUGGCUCUGGGCUGGCGUUUCAUGGACCACGCCGGACAUCUUGGGGGAAUGAUCUUUGGCAUACUGUAUGCCAAGUAUGGACAGAAGCUGGUCUGGGGCAAGCGCGAGUCCAUUAUGAAGCAGUGGCACAAUGUACGAGGGAAGCCAUAAGCCGACUGCAGUGUAGUGUGUCAUGUUGUGCAUGUGUGCGUAGUGUGUCGUGUUGUGCAUGUGUGCGAGAGCGAGUAGAUACUGCUGCUGCGCCCUAUUCAUGUUUAUAGAAAUAUGUGAUCUUUGUACAUUUUGUGAUGAAUUGCUGAAUAUAUGACAAUAAAAAUAUGAAGUUUCUUCUUACCGCUA